UACGACCUUCUGCUGACAUUCGCUAGAGGGCAUGCGUGUGAGGAGAACAUUACCUUCAUACAUGAUGUACUGGAGUGUAGACGAGUCGAGGGAUUGGGAGACCGAGACCAGGCCCGGCAAAUUUGGUUUGAGGUGGUCGAGGCCUAUAUUAGGCCAGGCAGUGCGAGAGAACUCAACCUGCGAGAAACCACGCGACAGGAGAUACUUCUGAACGUUGAUAACUACAGGCAAUGGGAACAGAACUUAUUAGACGGUAAUACUACACCCAAUGAGAGCUCACUGAAACGAUUCUUCCGCAGUGACCGCUUAAGCAGGACCCUGUCUUACUCGACCACAGAAACAAGUAAGACAAGAUAUGGGAAGGCGUGA